CCCGAGGCGGGGCGAUGGGCGGCCGCGCCGCCGCCUCCGCGCUGCCUGCGGCCGAGGGGGGAGCAGCGGCCCGAGGUGCGCGGUUGCUGCCGCCGGCGGAGCAGCGAGAGCCGCCGGCGGAGCGGGGGGUGUCCGGCCCGCGGCCGCCGUCUGUGCUGGUUGCAGUACUUGUGCAAAUCGCUCACCUGCAGGAAACAUGAGGUCGCAGUACGUCACGGCGCCCACCGUCACUCUCCUCCUGUUCCUGCUCUGGAUCCAGUCGGCAGCAGGCUGCAAUAAGGCUCUCUGUGCUAGCGAUGUCAGUAAAUGCCUGAUACAGGAGCUGUGUCAGUGCCGCCCCGGGGAAGGCAACUGUUCCUGCUGCAAGGAGUGCAUGCUCUGCCUGGGCACACUGUGGGACGAGUGCUGUGACUGUGUUGGUAUGUGCAAUCCUCGCAAUUACAGUGACACACCUCCAACAUCCAAGAGCACUGUCGAGGAGUUGCAUGAACCAAUUCCUUCACUUUUCCGGGCACUGACAGAAGGGGAUACUCAGCUGAACUGGAAUAUCGUUUCCUUCCCUGUGGCAGAAGAACUGUCGCACCACGAGAACCUCGUUUCCUUUUUAGAAACAGUGAACCAACCGCAGCAUCAGAACGUAUCUGUUCCAAGCAACAAUGUCCACGCACCUUACUCUAGUGACAAAGAACACAUGUGUACUGUGGUGUAUUUUGAUGACUGCAUGUCAAUACAUCAGUGCAAGAUCUCUUGCGAGUCCAUGGGAGCUUCCAAAUACCGAUGGUUUCACAACGCCUGCUGUGAGUGCAUCGGGCCAGAAUGCAUCGACUAUGGCAGUAAAACUGUAAAAUGUAUGAACUGCAUGUUUUGAAGCAGGAAAAUUGUAUUAUAGCAAUACUGAGGCCAAAGUAAUCUCUCUCGGUUAAAGAGAUGGGGAUUGCAAAUACUGCGUUUUGGUGGAGUGCCUACUGGUUGCAAUUAAAUGUACCUGCUUGAAAAAAAGAUGUAUAAAAUCUGAAAACUUUUUGUUGUUUUUUUUGUUUUGUUUUGUUUUUUUAACUCAUGUAAGCAAGGCUAACAAGUAGAAGUUUCGAUGCUAUGUUUUAUUUUUCUUUAUUUCUGCUCAAAUGGUACAGCCAUGCUCAUCCUUGCUGUUCUGAUAGUUUUCAUUUGAUUUGAAAGUAUUGACUAUACUGGUUUUCAGAAUGUAGUACUAUAUCUUGUAGUUUAGAGUAGGGAAACCUUAAGAAUAUGGUAACGAGACUUCCAUCAUUUAGGUUCAACAAAUAAUUGAAUGGCUGAUAGGCUGGAGGGGGGUGGUUGUUCUCUAGCGGCUGGGUUUUUUUGUUUUAGUUUAUGGGUUUGUUUUUUAACUUCAUUACCUUCCAGUUUUUGAGCAUAGCUUUCUGUUGUGAAAAUGGUAUUUGGGGGAAGAAGUCAUGCUUUCUCUUCAAGUUCAACAUGUGGGCUGUCAUGGAUAAAAUCCUGACUUCUUAGAAGGGCUGCCCAACAAAAACACUACGUAUGGGAUACUUUUCUUCCAAGUUUCAUUUGUGCAUCUCUCGUAAGUAUAUUGGGGCCUAUGUUGCAUAAUUUAUAUAUUAGGAAAAAAUUUGUUUUCAGUCUUCUCUUACAUGCCAAAAUAAAGCUGUUAAGUGCAGUUGCAUCUCCCUCCUUUUGCAUUGUUCUCUAGGGUUGCUUAUUCUCUGAACGUUCAGUCCAGUAAAGGAAACAUGAAAGGUUAUUAUGGAUGUAAUGACUAAAUGAAUAAAGAAGAAUGAAAUGACAUGAACUAGCGAGUGGUACAGGGCUACCAGUUGAGCAGCUGGCAGCAGGCAUGUUCCCAUUUAGUAGUUCGCUGUUAAUAUUUAUUCCAAAACAUAAUUCUUAUUCCCCACCCCCAAAAAUGUUGUCACCUAAGAAGGGAAGAUGCCUCUGUAAAGGCAAAAUUAGGAUGUUCUGAGCUUAGAACACUGUCAGUUUUUCUAAGAGUUUUGAUAUGUUGACAGUUACAUAGCAGUUACUAUGACCCAGUUAGGGCUCCAUCGACAAUGGUACUAAGUACAAGAAUAAAGUGUAUGAGUAGUUAAUGAUCAGCUUUUGGUAUUUAUAAUGAUGUGUGGUUUAACUCCUUGAAAAUUUUUUUUAAUGCGUAUAUGCAUAUGCACACACAAAAAAGAAUUUGACUAUUCAUGUUUCUCUCACUAACCUCAGUCUAGAGGCAUUAAACUGUUUUCUCGUCACACCUGUCUAUCUGUACCAUGUACAAAUGAAAGCAGUCAUUUUAAAUUUAUGUUGUUGAAAAGUUUGCCUGAAUGUUUUUUUUCCAUUUUGUCUGAUACAGUUCUUUCAAUAAGAUGAAAUAGUAAUAAUAAAAAAAAUCUACUCUUGUGAAAUAAUGUUUCUUUCUUCAAUGUCAUUUUCACUUAUAAAGAAGUACUUGAAAGAUGAAUGUUUAUUGUUUUAAACUGGUGGAUAAUGGAAUACUUUCAUACUUUAAACUUUGCAACUAAGUGAUAAAAAAAUCAUAGAUGCGAAUAGAAAAAACUUAGCUUAAUCAUGAAGGAGUUGUUCUUUUGGUAUUUGACAAUCCACAUUAUCUUUUCUUCUGCUUGAGUUUCUUAAAAUGAAUGCAGAGAAAGAGCAUGUUAGAAUAGCUGUGACUGUUUUUAGCUGGAGGGUGAUGCAUCAUCGUUCUUGACCAAGAUAGGAGACAUACAGGUCAUUAGCGUGCUUCAGAUUCUUGCGAUGUUAAAUUAUUGGAAACAUUAUGGUAGCUCAAAAUCUGCUCGAGGGAAAAACAGGGCUGAUGUUUCUGGUCAGGCACCUGCUGCCCCAUGGAUCGGUGACAAAGUCUCCGUUUACAUCACCAGAAUUUCACUGUGUGAGGUCAAGUCAAGGGACCAGGGAGCGGGAGGGAAGGGGGGACCGGCCCAACAGCUGUCCAGGAAACGCUGUGGGGAACGGCAUGAGCAUGUAAACACAGUUGUCUGUGUAACGGCACUCUUUCCGGGGCUUACCUUAUUUUUUGUAAUUCCUCAUGCUGUCUAGAGUUUGCUGUAAGCAUUGUGUGUAUGCAACUGUCAUACAGCAACAUCCAGUGUGUUUUAUUACGAUGAGUGUUUUAAGAGGUAUUUUAAUAAAGAGACAUUACUGG